AUGAUUACGAGAGGGUUCCGGAUGACGAUGAUCUCCGAGAAACCGACCAAACGCAAGACGGUUCCUGAGCCAAGUGAAAGGUCGCCGAAUAAGGCUGCUACAAUGAUCAAGGAUGCAAAAGAAGACUGUCAACAAGUUGUCUUCCUCACAGAUGCUCUCUCAGUCCUACAAGCCUUGCAAGGGGAAAAACUUCCUCACCUGAAUGAAGCCAUGCAAGAGGUAGCAAAGGAAAGACGAGUAGCUCUACAGUGGAUCCCAGCACAUUGUGGGAUUCCAGGAAAUGAGGAAGCAGACAGGCUAGCCAAGCUAGGAGCUAAUCAUGUACAGCCCAGCAACAACAUUAGCUUCUCAGAGAAGAAAACCUUGAUAAAGGCAGCCAACAGACCCAGGACAGAACAAGAUGAUUACCACCUUCUCAGUCGCUUGGAACAAGUAACUCUGUUGAGACUCCGGACAGGCCACAACCGACUGAAUGCUCACAUGUUCAGAAAGUUUAAACUUGCAGCAACACCAACCUGCAGUUGUGGCCUGGAAGACCAAACAGCAGAACACAUCUUACAGGCGUGUCCAAUUCAUCAAGACCUGAGACAAGCUGAGUGGCCAAUCGAAACUGCCAUACACACCAAACUCUAUAGAAAGAGAGGCGAACUGGAAAAAACAGCUCAUUUUAUCUUACAGACUGGACUAUUGGAGCGGACCCACGAUUUUGUAGAGUGGGGUCACAAAAUUCUAAAGAAGGCUCGUUUGAGUUUAUUGAAGGGAAAUGAACCGUGCUGUCAGAGCAAGGCCUGUGUAUGGUCAUGGGAGAGGGAGAUGCAGAGGGCGGGAGAGGGAGUGGGAGAGGGAAUGUUAUGA